CUUCCCGGCAAUGGUUUAUCAGUUUCACUUUCACUGCCUAAAACCCACCUAACAUAAAACGCAGACGAAAGCAAACUGAAAAUAAAUACUACUUGCCAUCUGUGUUUCCGUGUCCAUGAUUUCGGCAAGUUGAAUCUCUCUCUCUCUCUCUCUCUCAAUCAACUGCCUUCCAAGCCACUCCUCAACCUUCCUCCCCCCCCCCCCCACCCCAUUACAUUCCGCACCCACAACCCUUAAACCUCAAUCGAAUGUCAGACAGAUCAACCUCCCACCUCCUCAGAACCAAUAUGGCCAACGGAGAUCCAGAGAGAGGUGCCAAGAGGCAACAGCAAGGCGGCUACUUCUCGCCCCCGUACUACGUGGAGCCCCAGGAGACCCUCUGGACUUCCUGGCUGGUCCCCAUGAUUGUGGUCGCCAACGUGACCAUGUUCAUCGUGGUUAUGAUAGUCAACAACUGCCCCAAAAACAACCUGGGUUUUGAUGAGCGUUGCGUCGCCAGAUUCCUCGGCCGGCUCUCGUUCGAGCCCUUGAGGGAGAACCCUCUUUUUGGGCCAUCUUCGUCUACAUUGGAAAAAUUGGGAGCACUAGAGUGGAACAAGGUAGUUCAUGAACAUCAGGGAUGGAGACUUAUCUCUUGUAUCUGGUUGCAUGCGGGUGUUAUUCAUCUGUUGGCAAACAUGUUGAGUUUGGUGUUCAUUGGGAUUCGCCUUGAACAGCAAUUUGGAUUUGUUCGAGUGGGGGCAAUCUACCUGUUAUCAGGAUUCGGAGGGAGCAUACUCUCUUGCCUUUUCCUUCGAAGCAAUAUUUCUGUUGGUGCUUCAGGUGCCCUAUUUGGACUUCUUGGAGCAAUGCUAUCAGAGCUUUUUACUAAUUGGACUAUUUAUACCAAUAAGGCUGCUGCUGUAUUAACCCUAGUGAUCAUCAUUGUGAUCAACUUAGCAGUUGGAAUUCUUCCGCACGUUGACAACUUUGCUCACAUUGGAGGAUUCUUCACGGGUUUUUUCCUUGGUUUUGUGUUGCUACUCCGCCCCCAGUUUGGUUGGAUGGAGUCCCAAAAUCUUCCACCUCAGGCUCGUGCCAAAUCCAAGCACUCCAUUCUCCAAUAUGUAUUCUGCGCGGUUGCUCUGGUUUUGCUGAUUGCUGGAAUCACGGCGGGACUGGUACUGCUAUUUCGAGGGGAUAAUCCAAAUAAUCAUUGCAGCUGGUGCCACUACCUCAGCUGUGUGCCCACCUCAAGAUGGAACUGUAAUAGUAACUGAUCAAACAAUUCUCACCAGUUCUUGCUUCCGUUCGUCGCGGUUGCCUCGUGCUCGGAUUCUUUUUCCGUUACUGGGACUAUUGGACAUUUGUUUAUUCCAUUUUGUAUGCUUCCGCUUGUGCAGUCUAUUUUCUUCUUCUGUUGUGUGGAAGACAGUCUAGGAAGUCUUGUUUGUAAAAAUGUAACACGGGAUCUCUUCCCAUUAUGCACACUAAUUUCCGAUUAAAGAUUAUCCGGCGAUUUUGUUGUA